AUGGUUGGCCAAAAAACAAUUCUGAUUCCUCCUUUCGACCUUACUUCAAUCAUCGUGUGUCGUGAAGAACUGAGUGCUGUAGAUGGCUGUAUUCUCUGGGGGGCUAGAGUUGUGAUUCCCCCACCUGGACGCAAGUUAGUAUUAUCCCAACUUCAUGAUACUCACCCUGGGAUUUGUAAAAUGAAGAGUCUUGCUCGUCGUAUGUCUGGUGGCCAGGGAUGGACACUGAUAUCGUUACCACUGUUCAGCACUGUGACACUUGUCAACAACACAGACCGUCUCCCCAAAAAAGCUCCCCUUCAUCCAUGGGAAUGGCCUUCACGCCCAUGGUCCAGAGUGCACAUUGACCACACGGGUCCAUUUCAAGGGAAGCUUUUCCUAGUACUAGUGGACGCGCAUUCCAAGUGGAUAGAGGUACAUAUAGUUCCCUCUACAUCAGCUGCAUCGACUAUUGCCAAAUUACGACACAUCUUCGCUACAUUUGGUCUCCCGGAGCAAAUUGUGUCAGAUAAUGGUUCCGGCUUUACUAGUGUAGAGUUCCAGCAAUUUUUAGCGGCCAAUGGAAUAAAAACCAAGUCCUCACAUCGCCAUACCACCCAUUGUCCAAUGGACUAG